AUGCAUCACCUAUCCCUUCUCUCCCUUGCCGUAUUGGCUGGCGUGAGCACCGCAAGUCCCUCUGGCUGUGGCAAGGAUAUUCCAUCCAAGUUUCCCAGUCCUGGUGAGAGCAAGACUUUGAAACUGCCAGGCUCCGAUCGCGAAUACCAGCUCUUCAUCCCCGCCAACUAUGACCAAACCAAGCCAACAGCGCUCUAUUUCUCUUUCCAUGGCGCAUCCCGGGAUAUGCACGAGGAAGAAUCACUGUCCCAAUUCUCCAAUCCGCUAUUCAACCCGAAUGGUAUCGCAAUCUAUCCCAACAGCAAGAAUGGCUACUGGCUCUCCAACCCCAGCGCCAAUACGUCGCGCCCGAACGAUCUGGACUUUACCAACGAUCUCUUGAUCCAUAUGGAAGAGAAACUCUGCAUCGAUACUAGCAGAGUCUAUGCCGCGGGCAAGUCUAAUGGCGGAGGCUUCACCGGCGUGAUUGCAUGCAAUGCCACCGUCGGUAGCCGCUUCGCUGCCUUUGCCGCCGUGAGUGGCGCCUGGUAUAACACCGACGACAUCCCCGGCGUAGGCCCCUGUGCGCCUGCGAAGCGUGAAGAAGGAUAUCCAUUCCUCGAGUUCCAUGGCACUAUCGACACCACGGCUCCUAUUGAUGGUAACACUAAGGAACAUCCCAAGCUUCCCGUCAUCGAUAUACUCGAGGGCUGGGCGGAGCGGAAUGGAUGUGGCGCGGGUGCCAAGUGGGCCAAGAAUGAGACCGUUUUCCAGCAACCGCUCGUUAAACAUGCUACUUGGAACUGUGCCGGUAAGACUGAUAUUGUGCAGCACUAUCGUGAGGGUGAAAAUGGUCACUGUUGGCCCUCGACGGUGGGCAAUGACGACUACGAGAGACUGGCUUCUCAGUGUCCGUUGGGCAAGUAUGUCUUCAACGCCACCGAGUAUAUUUUCGAUUUCUUUGGCCAGUAUCAGUUGAACAAAUGA